CUGAGAAAGCGCGUGCACAGUACCCAAUCCCAACCUUUGUUCCUUUUUUUUGUUUGCAAUGUCACGGUAAAAGCGCAUCACGCAUCGGCGCUUGGGUGAGAGAGAGUCAGAAGAUCACCUCCUUUCUACAAAAAGGGCUUGGGCCUUGUUGGCUUCCGAGCGGUGUCUUCGUCGCACCUUGUAAAUUUAUUUUGCUGCAUCUGCCUUUGCACUUUCACGUCAAGCGCUCUAUCUUUGCGUUAAAGCAUCUCUUAACCGUCACAUGUCCUCGAAGAUGUCGAAGAUCUCGCUAGGAAUAGCGGCUGCUAUCGGCGCUGCGACUGGAGCCAUCGUAACUGCAGGAAUAUAUGGGGAAAAGCGAAAAGUAUCGACGCCACCAUCAAUAACCUCUUCGACGACAGUGUCAUCACCAUCUGGUACAUCUCCCCCUGCGCCGAUGCCCGCACUAGGCCAUGGGCAACGACCGCUUGCCAACCUACAAACUCCCGUCGAUCCGAACGGCCUUUUUCAAUAUGGGUUUCCUGGUCCUGUUGCUGACCUUCGGCCCGCCUCUUCCCUCACAUCAAGUUUCGAUCGUCGCACGAGGAACCCAUCGUGGGUAGCAGAACAUAUUACCAGAGAAUCACUUGCUGCUUCGAAUGGUGAUAGGAAAAACUCGGUGUUUACUGAAGAUACAUCGAUCCCUGAAAAAUUUCGGGCGAAACUCAAGGAUUAUUUUCGUAGUGGCUACGAUCGGGGGCAUCAGGUACCAGCUGCGGACGCGAAGUGGAGCCAGGAGGCAAUGGAUGCUACUUUUGCAUUAAGCAACAUGUGCCCGCAAGUCGGCGAUGGGUUCAACAGAGACUAUUGGGCACAUUUUGAGGACUUUUGUCGACGACUUACCGUCUCCUAUCCAUCAGUGCGUAUAGUCACUGGUCCACUCUAUCUACCCAAGCGUGAUCCUUCAGAUGGGAAGUGGCGUGUUUCAUACGAAGUCAUCGGUAAUCCGCCUAAUGUUGCGGUACCAACCCACUUCUACAAAGUCAUAUUUGGGGAGGAUGGGCGAGUUGGUGGCAAUGUUGCACUAGCGGCGUUCGUGCUUCCCAAUGCCCCUAUUCCAAACGACAAGCCUUUGAGCGAUUUUGAAGUGCCUCUCGAAGCGGUUGAACGGGCUAGUGGUCUCGAAUUUGCUGAGAAACUACCAAGCACAAGACGGAAACAGCUGUGCAAGGAAGUCAACUGCAGCAUUAUUGUCAAAGAGUACAAGGACAGGCAAAAGAUGAUCGGUCAGUAUGCACAAGGGAAGGAGAAGCUUUCGAUUCCAGCGCCAUAAAUUUCAGCCCAACUUCACCCUUUCCAUCCUUUUUAUAAAGCAAGGACUUUGUGGCAUUCAUGCAUAGCGAGGAACAUUUUUGGAUUACCUUAUGUUUUGACUCAUUCUGUCUAUUCUAUAGAAAAUUGAGAAGCUCGAUUUUUAUACUGCUGUCAAGGGCAACUCCCAUAGAUCCAAUUACUCGAAGCCUCGUCCGCGGGCUCACCUGUACUCUUUCAUCACAAUGUGAUAACGCUGUAGAUAGCCACACAGCCAUAAUAGUCUAUAGCUUAACAAAUCUUCC